AUGGUAUCUACAACAGAUUUACCUAUAAAAGAAUGUAGGAAUAGUUUAUCUGCUAGGACACAACCAGAUGUGGUUUCUGAUUUGAUAGAGAAAGAAGUUUUUAAAGGUUUCUUGUAUGGGCCUUUUAAGGAUCCCCCUUUUCAAAAAUAUAGGGUAAGCCCAAUUGGUAUUGCAGAAGGGAAAUAUUCUGGUAAAAAGCGUUUAAUAUUGGACUUAUCUUCACCACAUAAUGAUGAUAAACAUCUAAGUAUUAAUGAUCUUAUUGACAAACAGGAUUGCUCAAUGUCUUAUGUUAGAAUAGAUGACGCUAUUGAUGUUAUUUUGAAAUUUGAAAGAAAUUCCUGGCUUUGCAAGUUCGACAUAUCCGACGCGUUCAAAAAUUGUCCAAUUGUACCAAGUCAGUGGCCUCUUUUCUGCAUAAAAUGGGAAAAAAUGUAUUAUUUUUAUGUCCGUUUAACUUUUGGAUGUCGUUCAAGCCCCAAAAUUUUUGACCAUUUAUCCCAAGCUUUGUGUCAUAUUGCAGAAAACAAUUACAAAGUUAAUAGCAUUUUGCAUUUAUUGGAUGAUUUCCUAACCAUAGAUCCACUAGAUGCUGAUGGUGAGAGGACUAUGGCUAUAAUGAUGAUGAUUUUCAAAAAACUGAACAUUCCUAUAGCAAAACAUAAGACAAUAGGUCCUGUAAAAUGUUUAGAAUAUUUGGGUAUUAUUCUAGAUUCUGAAAAAAUGGAAGCUCGACUACCUCUUAAUAAAGUUGAUCGCAUUUGUGAAUUCAUCAGAAAAUUAUACAGGAAAAAAUCUUGUACAAAAAGGGAAUUGUUGCAGCUUUUGGGUCACUUAAACUUUGCUUCACGUAUCAUUUUACCUGGUAGAUCCUUUGUUUCAUACCUCAUAGGGCUGUCCACUACUGUCAAUGAUUUGCAUCAUUAUGUUAAAUUAGAUAAGGAAUGCCGUGUUGACCUAGAAUUUUGGUUACUUUUUCUGAGCAGCUGGAAUGGUGUGAACAUGUUUUACAGUAGACAAUUUUACUCAAGUUAUGAUAUGGAACUUUUUACUGAUGCCUCAUCAACAAAAGGAUUUGGUGGAUAUUUCAAGGGAGAAUGGUUUUAUUCAUCAUGGCCAUCAAACAUUGCUUAUCCUGACAAAACAUUUUCAAUGGCUUUUCUUGAAUUAUACCCCAUUGUAGUAUCCGCAAUACUGUGGGGCUCACAGUGGACAACAAAACGCAUUCUUUUCUGGUGUGACAAUGAAGCUACAGUGGCUAUAGUAAAAAAGGGCCGUUCAAAGUGUUUACAAAUAAUGAAAUUAAUGAGAAAACUUACAUGGUGUGCUUGUAAAUUCAACUUUCAUUUUAGUGCCAAACAUGUUCCAGGAUAUCAGAAUGAUAUAAGUGAUGCUCUAUCUCGUUUACAGAUAGACAGAUUCCGCAAACUAGCUCCCAGUGCAGCACAACAUCCAAUGAAGUGCCCAAGCAGCUCAGAUGUAAUGUGGUCCUAA